AUGAGUGCGGAGGCUGGGAGGAAGCGUGGUCGUGCUCCUGCUCCUGCCUCUGGGGACAGGAAGCCUAAGAGGAAACCUAAGAGAAGGGAAACCUAUUCAGUCUAUAUCUACAAAGUACUGAAGCAGGUGCACCCGGACACCGGCAUCUCCUCUAAGGCCAUGAGCAUCAUGAACUCCUUCGUCAACGACAUCUUU